UAUUUAAUUGUAAUUAAUGAUUAUUUUAUUAUAUAGUUGAGUUAUUCGGUAAUCGAUUCGUGAGAUCGCUUAUCGAAUGAGGAACAAAAUCCUGACAAUGAUCACGAUUUUGGCCGGAAUCCAGGAUUAGAAGUAGCGAAAGUUUUAUGCGGAUGAAUGUUUAAAUAAUCGCGAGUUAUUAUUAUCCAGUGGCUAUAUUUUGUUUGAUUAUCAAUGCAUCGUACGUAGUAUAAAUACUUAUGGGGACCACAAUAACGAUCAUGUUCAGUUUUUCUUUGACUACCAAACUGACAGGUGCCAGGAUGAAAUUAUUACUGAUUAUAGUAUCGUUUAUAGUCAUUGCCUCAGCUAUUCAAGUGGAUAAAAAGGAUCAAAAUGACUCUAAGCUCUUAAAAAAACAUGGUAAACGUGAUGCGUUAAAUUUGAGCUACGGAGCACCGCAGCAAGAUUAUUAUCACUAUCAUCAGCAAGUUCAUGAACAUCAAGAACCAGCACCAAUACACGAGCAUCAAUCACUCGAUCAUCAUUUUCACGGUCAUCAAGAUCAUCAAGAUCAUAUACUGUUACCACAGCCUCAUCCCGUGCAUCCAAUUGCGAUUCCUCAACCAGUUCCAGUGCCAGUGCAGCCGGUAGCGAUUCCUCAGCCGGCUCCACAUCCGAUCGCCGUACCUGCACCAGUUCCUGUGUCGGUUCCAGUUGUUCAAACGGUAACGAAGCACGUGGGUAUUCCAUACCCGGUGCACGUGGAUCGUCCAGUGCCCGUGCCAGUGCCUGUUGCGGUUCAUGUACCAAAACCCUAUCCCGUUCACGUCGAAAAAAUUGUACACGUAGAUCGGCCGAUUCAUGUACCGGUUGAAAAAUAUGUUCAUGUACCCGUUCAUGUUGAUCGUCCAGUGCCUGUUCCAGUACCUCGGCCGUACCCAGUGCCUGUUGAGAAGUUAGUUCCUGUCAACAAACCGUACCCAGUACAUGUGGCAGUACCUGUUCAUGUACCGAAACCUUACCCAGUACCUGUUGCUGUUCAAUACAAGUAUCACGGUCACAAUCAUGGAUGGUAGUCAUUUCUGUAAUAAUAGCUUAUUGUU